GGAGAACAUCACCAGUGAAGUUCGCCGGUGAAAAGCAAACCGGAGAACUUCUCUUCUUUAAUGACGUCAGAGGUCUUUUUUUUUCUCCCCCGAAGUCCCCUUUACCGAGAUUCCACGCGCGAUAAGUUGCAAGCUCAGCUGAAUAUGGCCAAGUAGAUACCCUCGAAAAUAUAUUUUUUACUAACAAUAUUAAUCAAAAAGCACUUUUUACAUGUAUAAAAUGCGCUAAAAUAUUUUUAAAAAGGUGAUAUUGUUUUUUUUUUCUCGUAAUACUUCCAAAAUAUGUUGUAAUUAAUUUUUUGAUACCUUUUUGUAAUAGGUAAGAAGUAAUGUUUACAAUUUUCUUUUGUUUUGUUCUGCAAUCGCCCGUUGACUUUCGCCGGGGAAGAAAUGUCAGUGCGAAAGGGUACAUUUCUUUCUUCGCCGGGGAAGUGAGGAAUGCGAGGCGGAGAAGUUCGCCGGUGAAAAAUGAAGAGAGCAGUAUGAGUGACACUCUUGUUAUGGUUCACACCUGGAUAUGAAUCAUUAUACAAGAUGUAUCUAAAGCCUGUAACUGUUCACUUUUGGCAUAACAAAAAUGGGGGAGCUACUUUUCACAAUCUUCCCUGAUAUCUGUAACAUUGGAUGCUUUAACUUUGUAGUGAAUGGGGAUAUUCCAGGGCUCUUUUGAUCAUUUGGAGGCAAAAUUACCUUGAGCCCCCGUGUAUAUUUUCAGUUUCACUUUCACAAUCAUGCAGGGUUGGGAUGCUGCUUUAGAAAUGUCCAUAAUGAAAUCAUAUUAUGUGAAAAAUUGUCUCAUCUUCUGUCUUUAGUCCAGUAACAUGGAACACGAUGUACAUGUAUUGGAAGCCUAUUGGUACAGUUUUGUCAUUUAGAUUGUACAUGUAGUUGUUUUUGUUUGUAAUUUCAUGGCUAAAGAUUUCCUUCUUUAUUCCAAGCAAAUGUCCGUUUGAGUUGCUUCUUGUUUUGAAAGUAAGAGUUUCGUACUGUACAAUUGUGUGAAUGGUGUCAUUUAAUUCCUGUUUUGUCUUCUUCAUCAGGAUAUUGUGUUUUGUGUAUGAAAGUAUAUGCAUUCUUUACCAUAUUUUGUUUUGUUUGUUAUUUUUUCAGUUCUUCCUCCAGUGCUUGUACCACGUCACAGUGAGUCUAUACCUUCACACAGUCUGCUGCCAUACCGAGAUCACUCAAAUAAUCCAGCAUACCCAGGUCACCCAAGUAAUCCAGCUCACUCAAGUAAUCCAGCAUACCCACACAAUGCUACGUAUCCUCAGAGCUUUCAGCAGCAGAACUCUCCUCCACCAUCAACUCACCCUGGAUCACCCCAUGGGGCUCCACAGCCUUCCCCUGCCAGCUCCAACCCUAAUAGCCCUUAUGGGUUACACGUACCUGCUGACACACCCCCUCCUGCAUACAGGCCACCUGAUGAAGGAGGACCAAACCAGAAUGACAACAGCUCAACUCCUAUGGAUACCAAUCCACCAUCAUGUGUGCAACCAAAUCAAAUCAUUGCUGUAGAACGUGGUGAUGUAGCCUCAAUCACAUACCAAGACCCCCCAUCUUGGUGUUCUAUCGCUUACUAUGAGCUCAACAACAGAGUGGGGGAGCCCUUCCAUGCUACUACAACCAGCGUCAUCGUGGACGGUUUCACCGAUCCAUCUAAUAACCAUGAUCGUUUCUGUCUGGGUCUUCUCUCCAAUGUCAACCGCAAUUCCACUAUUGAGAAUACAAGAAGACACAUUGGAAAAGGUGUCCAUCUGUACUAUGUUGGAGGCGAGGUCUAUGCUGAAUGUCUGAGUGAUAGCAGUAUCUUUGUCCAAAGCCGCAACUGUAACCAUCGGCACGGCUUCCACCCGACCACAGUUUGCAAGAUCCCUCCAGGAUGCUCUCUGAAGAUAUUCAACAACCAGGAGUUUGCUGCCCUCCUCUCCCAGUACGUCAACCAUGGCUUCGAGAUGGUCUACGAGCUCACCAAGAUGUGUACCAUCCGUAUGAGCUUCGUCAAGGGAUGGGGCGCCGAGUACCAUCGUCAGGAUGUCACCUCAACCCCAUGCUGGAUAGAGAUUCACCUCAAUGGUCCGUUACAAUGGUUGGACAAAGUCCUGACGCAGAUGGGCUCCCCAGUCAAUGCUAUCUCCUCUGUAUCAUGAUUGCAUCUACUUCAUAUAAUAUUAGCUCUGAAAUUUUUAUUAAGAAAAUGGUCAAUUCUAUUUCUUUUUCAAUGAUUUCAGCACUCAAUAUACAUGUAAUUACAGAUAAAUAGGUUUUUUAUAUGUUUCAUUUGGAUCAUAAGAAAUCAUUGUGAUUCAUGGAUAGUCAUUCAAACCCAGAUAUCAGAUACACAUAACAUGUAUUCUUUGCUCAAAUGAAGCACAUUCAUGAAAAUCUUCCACAUGUUUUUUGACAAUAGUGGUUAUCUUACAUUGUUUUUGCACUCAGAUUUGUUGUUUUAUAUGAGGAGUAAAAUAGUUUUCUAGUGAUACCAAGAUGAACUGUCAGAGACAAAAGGACAUUAUGAGUUCAUGAAAGUGAAAAUGAGACAGCUGAUGGUUAACAUGAGCAUUCUCCUUGGAAGUACCAGUGGUUGGUGUAAUGGAAACUUUAUCAGAGUUUAUAUUUGUUUUAUCAAUACAUUACUUUUCCUAAGUUCUGUGCCUUUUGGCUAAGGAUUCCAGUGCAUUCAACAUCCUUUGUUACUAAACACAGGACGUGUUUCUUUUGAAAUUGUUAAUACAGCCAUACAUGUAUCAACACAGGGGACUUCUUGAAUAGUGUAUCAUACACUGUUGGGCAAAGAAUAUUGUAUUUCUUGUAUAUAUAUAUAUACCUAAUCAAAGUCAAAUGCAAAUCUGUAUGAUAUCUAAGCUAUUGAUUUACACAUUAUCAUUUCAUUUUAUGUAUUCAGGACUGUGUCGACUGCUUUUAAUUAUAAAUACUUUUUCUUACUCUUUUUAUUUUUUGUUCAUCAGUGUAGAGAUGAUAUUCAUGAUAUUGAAAAUCUCAUUGUAUAUAUGUAAAUUGUAAUUGUUUCUCUGGGCUUUAUACCAAAUAUCUCAUCAACUUUUGUUCUCUCUACAUUACUGCACAAGUCAGAAUGAAAUUAAGCAAUAGGUGACAUAGUUUUGAUUUGAAUUUAGCUCAUUAUGCAUUUAUCAAAAGUAAGCUUAAUUUUCAAUGAAUAGAAUGCUCUGCUUUUCUAUGUUUACAAUAAGUAGGCUGCUUUAUGUUGGUAGUAUUAUAUAGUUUUUUAAUUCAGAUCAAAUUUGAACCAUAUAUUGCAUACUACUUUUGUUACUCUAAUAUGCCAAUUCUUUGUUAGAAAACAUAAUUUCCAUCUACAAUUUGCCUGUGUCUCUACAUGUAUGUGUUAUAAUAAUGUGAAGUCUUAAGUGUUGCUACAGAUAAAUGGGUGUUAAUUUGUUAUGAAUCAAUUUAAAGUUGGUUUUUGUCUCACCUGCAUAGCAGAGUGAGACUAUAGGCGCCGCUUUUCCGACGGCGGCGGCGGCGUCAACACCAAAUCUUAACCGAAGGUCAUAAGGUUGAUCAAGUAUUACUGAACAUCCUGCCUGAGUUUCAAGUCACAUGACCAAGGUCAAAGGUCAUUUAGGGUCAAUGAACUUUGGCCAAGUUGGGGGUAUUUGUUGAAUUACUAUCAUAACUUUGAAAGUUUAUGGAUCUGAUUCAUUAAACUUGGACAUAAGAGUAUUCAAGUAUCAUUGGACAUCCUGUGCAAGUUUCAGGUCACAUGAUCAAGGUCAAAGGUAAUUUAAGGUCAAUGAGCUUUGGCCAAGUUGGGGGUAUUUGUUGAAUUACCAUCAUAACUUUGAAAGUUUAUUAGUCUAGUUCGUAAAACUUGGACAUAAGAGUAUUCAAGUAUCUCUGAAAAUCCUGUGUGAAUUUCAGGUCACAUGACCAAGGUCAAAGGUCAAUGAACUUUGGCCAUGUUGGGGGUAUCUGUUGAAUUACCAUCAUAACUUUGAAAUUUUAUGGAUCUGAUUCAUGAAACUUGGACAUAAGACUAAUUAAGUAUGACUGAUCAUCCUGUGCAAGUUUCAGGUCACAUGACCAAGGUCAAAGGUCAAUGGACUUUGGCCAUGUUGGGGGUAAUUAUUAGAUUGCUGUCAUAACUUUCAAAGUUUUUACAUAUAGUAUAAAAUGUGGAUAUAGGGGUAAUCAAGUAUCACUGAUAAGUCUUAGGUCUCAUGAUCAAGGUCACAUGUCAUUUAUUGUUAAUGAAUGUAGUAUUGUAUCAUAUGAAUGGUGUUUUUGUGAAUAAUUAUUUUAUAGUAGUUUUCAAAGUCAGCACUGCUGCUAUAUUGAAUCGCGUGAUGCAGGUGAGACUGCCAGAGGCGCUCCACUUAUUAAGUAUUUGCAAUUUCAUCUUUAAUUGGACAGGCUAACAUGCCACUUGGGUUUUUACCGAAUGAAAGUUAUCAAUGAAUCAAUUGCAUUCUGUGUUUAUAGCGAUGUGACUUUUCAGACAAUGCCAGCAUUUCUACUAUUUCGAUAUACUUUCAGCAAUGAAAAUAUGUCUUUGUGUGUGUUUGUACAAAAUGGCCCAUUCUAGAUGAUUUUCUACCUUUUAUUCAAUUCCAAGUGAUAGUUUUGUACAAAUUACAUAACAUGAUAUGGCAUUCUCCAGGUCAUCUCUAAUUUGUACUGUCCUCCAAAAACUUAUGGUUGCAUUCACAAUUUGACACUUAAGUGUUGCAGAAACUCUGCAAAAACAAAUAACUUGGUUUUGUUUUUGUAUGUUUUAAGGCUGUUUACCUAUCAUUGAAUGCCAAGUGGUGUCAACAAAGUGGUAAAAACUCAGUAAUUUCUUUGUUAAAACAUACAGAAAUGCAAAACUUACUGUUACUUUCUGUAAUCUGUGGCACACUUUAGUGGUUUACUAUGUUCAUAUAUGAGCUUGGCUGUAUCUUGUGAUUUGAUGUUGGUGUGUAAAUGUUACUCCCCCAAUUUAAACUUCUCCAGUGUGAUGUGCUGUUUACAUUAUCGUAGAUCAAUCAAUGUCAUUGUUUGUUAAACAUGUUUGUAAAUUAAUUCAUUCAUUGAAUAACUUUAAGAUGAGAUAAUUUUUUAAUCUGUAUCACUUUUUUAUUUUAAGUUGUUGGUUUACUUAUUGUAUUUGAAACGUAAUUAUUAUUUUUAUUUGCUGCAAAGGUUGAAAUGAAUUAUAAUGUCUUAUAUUUCAAACUUCAGGUUUGUCAUUUAGAUUGGUAUAAUAAAUUGUCCAUUUAAAUUUUUAGAAUAUAAGAUGACAAAUUAUAUGAAUCUUGAACUAAUAGCAGCCCUUGCUGUGACAAUGCUGUCUCAACUCAAUAUUUGUUGAAUACCUUUGCAGUAGUAAAUUGCCAAAACUUUUCUAAAUUCAGUUAUUUUGGCAUUUUCAUUUGACAUUAUUGCAUAAUAUAGCAUAAAAAGAUGUGCAAUCAUCUCAAUAUAGUACCAAAAAAAAUGCCCCAAGUAUUUUGAUCUUCAAGAAAAUAAAUAGAACAAGUAUUGUAAUGGAGUUUUGUUCAUUCUCUUGUAUUGCUGUUAGGUGUUUUAACAUACAUAUGAUCAUAAGAGGUAUUGUGGAUUAGCAAUCCUCAUCACCUAGCAGUUAUUGUAAAAUGUAUACUAAAAAACUCUUGUUAUGUUGGCCUUUUUUUAUUACACUAAAAUGAUAAUUAAAAACAAAAUGCAUCAUUAAAAAAUGUAUAAUUUGUUAUCAUAAAUUUUGGUCAUGAUUGAUAAAUCUCUUAAUGAGCUUAAAUAAUUCAGGUUUAAAAAUAAGUUUAUGUUUAUAAAUUGCACUAAAUAAUGCACAUGUUAGUUAAAUAUACUCUUUAUCAGUUAAUAUAUUCAAGUGGUUAAAUUCUUGACAAUCACCGUUUCACAUUCCUUAUUGUAGAAAACUUCAUUAUUUUCAUUUGUAAUUGUAAAAAUGACUGACGAGUCAUUUUUAAUCAUGUAUACCUUUGAAAAAAAAAUAGUUAUUCACAAUAAUUCUUUUUUUCAUUGUACCCAAUGAUGAAUCAUUAAACAUGUAAGAAAGGAUAAAUGUGAUACUUGUCAUUUGCUGAAGUAAGGCAAUUAUUGAACUUCUGUUUAAAAAAACACUAGGUAUUGGUGAAUAAAUCAACUUGCCGCUUUUGUAUCUGUAUAUUAGAUUCUAAUACCGUUGGUUAGUUUUUAAUGAAAAUAUUUGUAGACUAUUGUGUGAGAAAAUUGUGACAUUUUUUUAAUGAGUCUUACUUAAUAUCUAAAAAAAUAUUAGUCUCAUUACAAAGAGUCAGUUGUAAAUCCCUUUCUCUCUCUCUCUGUCUUUCUCUUUCUGUCUCUCUUUCUCUAUCUUUUUUUAUUUGUGUAGAUAUGUAGUAGUCUGUGAGAUUUUUGUCCAGCAGUCUUAAAAUAAAAUGAGGCUUUAGAUCACA